AUGGACACAGCUGCGAUGGUGACUCUUCUGGCUCUGGUUGUGGCGAUGGCUGGCGUCAGUCAGGCUCUUCACAUCCAAGGCAGUCAUGACAAAAAUGACAUCCUGCCAGACUCAGAGGAGAACAUGGCCAACCACCUGCUGGGGCUGGAAAGUGAAGAAACAGAUGACAGCAUUGAUGACCGUCUGCUGACCGCAGUGCUGAGAGCUCUGCUGCUCGGAUCUCACAGAGAAACAAGGAACUCUGUCCUCCAUCAGCCACAGAGGUUUGGCCGUGGCUCCAGAGGGCAGGUAGUGUCGGAGGAUCAGAUACACUCCCGUGACUGGGAGGCUGCCCCCGGUCAGAUCUGGAGUAUGGCUGUGCCGCAGAGAUUUGGCAAGAAAUAA